CUCUUUAUUUUCUGACUUGUCCACUUCUCUACAAACUUUUGUCACUUCCUCCACAAUGCCUAGUUCAGAAAAACAUCUCAAACCAGACACAAACACUGAACAUUAAACAACCACUUUAAACAACAAAAAUUGUGUUUUUUUUUUCCUUAGCUUGAAUCACCAAAAAAACAAUUUUCAAACAAGAACUAAAAAUGGGUUGUUCAGUAUUUAGUUUUCUUAUCUUUUCUCUAAUGGUUUUUGUUUUAAGCCCAAAAGGUGUUUGUGGAAAUGCUGAGCUGAAAGCACUUUUGGAUUUAAAAGCUAGUUUAGAUCCAGAAGGAAUUUUUUUGUCUUCAUGGACAAAGAAUGGUAACCCUUGUGAUGAUUCAUUUGAAGGUGUAGCUUGUAAUGAAAAGGGUCAAGUAGCAAAUGUUUCAUUGCAAGGAAAAGGACUUUCUGGUAAAUUAUCACCAGCUAUUGGUGAUUUGAAGCAUUUGACAGGACUUUACUUGCAUUACAACUCUUUGUAUGGUGAUAUACCAAGAGAAGUUGCUAAUCUGACUCAGCUUAGUGAUUUGUAUUUGAAUGUGAAUCAUUUUUCUGGUGAAAUCCCAUCUCAGAUUGGUAAAAUGGAGAAUCUUCAAGUUUUGCAGCUUUGUUAUAACCAGUUAACAGGAAGCAUACCUACUCAGCUUGGUGAUUUGAAAAAGCUUAGUGUUCUUGCUCUACAGUCAAACAAGUUAGCUGGAGCUAUUCCUGCUAGUUUAGGUGACUUAGGAAUGUUGAUGAGACUAGAUUUGAGCUCGAAUAAUCUUUUCGGUUCAAUUCCAACUAAACUAGCUGAAGCUCCUUUUCUUCAAGUUCUUGAUGUUCACAACAAUACUCUUUCUGGAAAUGUACCUCCUGCUCUGAAGAGACUAGAUGACAAAUUUGUGUAUGAAUACAAUUUGGGACUAUGCGGAGAUGGAUUUUCAUCCUUGAAAGCUUGCAAUGCAUCAGAUCAUGCCAAUCCCAACAGGCCUGAACCAUAUGGAGCAAGAGUUGGUGGUAUUCCAAAGGAAAUCCCAGAAACCGCAGAUAUAAAGUUGCCUUGCAAUACAACUCGGUGCCAAAAUACGUCGAAAUCGAAAAAAACAGCGUCUAUUACUGUCGGCAUAGUUCUGGCGACAAUUGCAUUGUCAGCAAUAGGCAUUCUAAGCGUCACAAUGUAUCGUCGGCGGAAGCAAAAGCUUGGCAGUGCGUUUGAUAUCACCGAAAGCCGUCUAAGUACCGAUCAAACAAAAGGCAUAUACAGGAAGAAUGGAUCUCCUUUGGUUAGCCUUGAGUAUGCAAAUGGAUGGGAUCCUUUGGCCGAUAGUAGAAAUUUCAAUGGAGAUAGGCAAGAUAUGUUUCAAAGUUUCAGGUUCAACUUGGAAGAAGUAGAGUCGGCGACUCAGUAUUUCUCGGAGCUGAAUUUGUUGGGUAAGAGUAACUUUAGUGCAACAUAUAAAGGAGUUUUAAGAGAUGGAUCUAUUGUUGCUAUUAAGAGCAUAAGUAAAACUAGUUGCAAAUCAGAUGAAGCUGAGUUUCUUAAAGGAUUGAACAUUUUGACAUCAUUGAGGAAUGAUAAUUUGGUGAGGUUGAGAGGAUUUUGUUGUUCAAGGGGACGAGGUGAAUGCUUCUUGGUUUAUGAUUUUGUUUCGAAUGGAAAUUUGUCACAAUAUCUCGAUGUGAAGGAAGGUGAUGGUGAAGUCCUUGAAUGGUCAACUAGAGUUUCUAUUGUAAAAGGAAUUGCUAAAGGCUUAGCUUAUUUGCAUAAAUACAAACCAAACAAACCAGCUCUGGUUCACCAAAACAUCUCAGCUGAUAAAGUACUCAUCGAUCAGAGACAGAAUCCGGUGCUCUCAGAUUCUGGCCUAUAUAAGCUUCUCACAAAUGAUAUUGUCUUCUCUUCACUAAAGGGUAGUGCCGCAAAGGGGUACCUAGCUCCAGAAUACACUACCACAGGCCGGUUCACAGAAAAAAGCGAUGUUUAUGCUUUCGGGAUCCUUCUUUUCCAGAUACUCACUGGUAAGCAAAAGAUCACUAGCUCAAUUCGCCUCGCCGCAGAAUCCUUCAAAUUCCAAGAAUUCAUUGACCAGAAUCUCCAUGGAAGAUUCUUUGAGUACGAGGCAGCUAAACUAGCAAGAAUGGCAAUCCUUUGUUCACAUGACAUUCCCUUUGAGAGGCCAACCAUGGAAGCUAUUGUUCAAGAACUUGGCAAUUGUAGUAGUUGUCUUUGAUUUGAAUUUUAGUCUAAAUUGCUUUAACCAUCACUAACACAAGUUUUAUGUAAUUUGGCAACUUGCUGAUGAAAACCUUUGUGAUGGUGAUGAUUUUGUUGUAAUGUAUGAACAUGACAUUGUUCUAUGUCCUUAACUAAAGGACUAGCUUUUGUGAAUGUGUUGGAUAGUAUCUAGGUUGUAGCUUAGGGAAGGGACCUUUAUUUUCAAAUGAUGAAAACUCUAUAACAUCAGUUAGUCCUUUAAAUUAUUCUAUGUAUCUUAUUCUGAUUCUUAUGACUUA